UCAGAACUUAGGGUUGUUUGGAACUUGUUGAUGGACAAGCAGGAGAUUCCACCGCCAGCGCCACCGACUCGUAAGGAGCCAGCUGCUGCUGCUGCUGCUCGGAAGCCCUCCUCCAUUUCAGCUCUUACGCCUUCCAAUUGUGCUCCAGGAAACAAGCACAAGAAAGGGCCCAAAAGCCUGCUGAGCUUGUGCGUCGCUAGCAUCGGCUGCUACCUAGACGACAUUGUUGACGACUUGGACUUAAUUGCACCGCUUCUUCCAGUGUCUGUCAAGUUGCAAUUGGUGGCUAUCGCGCGGAGGAGGGGAUUGCUGUGUGACAGGCUUCUGGUUCCUCUGGCGGAUACGGCAUGGGAGAUCCUGGAUGUGUCCGGCUCCGAUGUAACUGACACAGGCAUUCAUCAGGCAGCAAAGAUUUGCUCCAAGUUGAGAGCAGUCGACGUAAGCCGCUGCAGCAGCCUUACGGCGGAGUCCAUUAGAACGAUCGUCGAGUGCUGCCCGGCUCUUGAAACUCUGAGAUGUGGCGGCACACACCUUAGCAAUAGAGCUGCGAGGCUAGCACUCCCGUGCGUGCUGCCGGGCUUGAGAGUGCGCAACCAAGUUGAGGAGAGCUGGGAAGAUUUGGAUGCAGUGGCGGUUGGGAGUGGUGCGCAGGAGUUACGAUGGAUUGUGUGGCCUGCGAUCGAUGGCGAGUCGAGACAAACCGUGGAGCUCGAGUGCCCACGCGUUGUUGUCAACCCCGGGAUGGCGUCGUCCAAGCAUGCCUGUGUCCCCAGAGAAGCUCUACCAAGCACUGUCUUAGACGAGCAGCUCGUGGAAGACAUAUCUCCAUCGGCAUGGGAGGUGAGAUGCAGCCCGAGCCAAGCCGCUGCUCUAGGCUUGGGCGAGAUCUCUAUCUCCAAGGCCGAGCUCUUCAGGAUGGCAUUUGCCGCAAGGGACGAGCGCUUGGCACCCAAGAGAGCCAAGAACUGGAGGCAGAAGGAGCGGCGGGAGCGCAAGCUGUGGGUCAGCUCUAGCCUUGAGCUCCGAGCUCGCCAUUUAGCAGACACUCACGCAAUGUAAUGUGGAAAUAUAAUGCUCCUCUGUAUUAGGUA